GAAUGUAUAAUCCAAUCAAAUAAUGCAUUUUUCCAAUCAAUUUCGAGUCCUGAAAAAAAAAAAGGCGAUAUCUUUGAUGCGUUUUAGCCUCAAAAAUCGUAGUUUUAGUUCGUAAGUAGUGAAGGGUCACUCCUCCUUUUUCUCUCUUUCGUAGAUCAUUUUUGUUUUUUGUGCUCUCUUUCUCUCUCUCAGGAAUCGGCCGAUUGAGAUUUCAGCCAAAGUUUCUGUUGAGUGAUGGGUACAGUAUAUAAAGACUCGGGGGAGGAAUGUUCCGUCAUUGGAGAGAAAGGAGAAAUCGGGUUUAUCGACUAUGAAGAUGACAGGUCAGUUUGUAGUUACAACACAGUUGAAGAGGGUCCGAUCAUUAUUUCGGUUCCCUUCCCUUUUGUUAAUGGGAAGCCUCAGUCAAUAGUUGUUGGAGAAAGAGUUAAAGAUAAAAUAACGAUAAAGAACACAACCAAGGAACCAGUGGAACUAUGGGGUGUGAAAAUAUACGCCUCGAAUCCAGAAAACAGUUUCACAGUUUCUCUUAUGGAGCCUCCACAAUCAGAUUCAGACGUCGAAGCCUUGAGGGCGUUCCUCGAGUCUUAUUCAUUGGAAGACAGGGUGCUUCAGCCUGGUGAGACUCUGACUGUGUGGCUCUCCUGCAAACCGAAAGAAGCUUGUUUGCAGACUUCAGCAGUGCAUUUUGAGCUCGAGAAUGAAACAAUUGAAAGGGUGGUUUUUCUCUUGGCGGAUGAUAAGAUCUCGCAGUCAUUGGCUUCGAGGAAUCCCUACUCAAGAGGCACCAGAAAGAAGAAGCAGUUUUCUGUGGAUACAUUUGUGACAGCUCCACGUCCUUCAAGGGGAAGGAAGCGUCAACAAGUCAGAAAUCGGCUUCCGCGAUAUGACAUUCCAAAGGAGAUUAGAGAACUGCUUGAGAACAAGCAGAUACCUGAUGCUGUCCUAGAGGGUCUUAGGAAUAGUGGAAACUAUAUUCCUUACUUUAAAAAUUUGCUUAUCAUGGAAGAAUUGCAACUGGAGGAAGACAUGAGGACGUAUAACAUGGAAGGUGUCACUUUCAGGAGGAGGGCAAACCAGUUUUUGUCACUUGAAGUCCCCGGGCUUGCUGAAAGAAGACCGUCGCUUGUUCAUGGGGAUUCUAUUUUUGCUAAGCUUGCCUCUGAAUGCAGAGAUGAGACAAGAACUCCCCCAUAUCAGGGUUGUAUCCACCGAGUUGAAGCCGACGAAGUGUAUUUGAAGUUUGCUCCAGAAUUCCAUUUGUGCCACACAGGUGGUAAUGUCUACAAUGUACAGUUUACAUACAACCGAGUGAACAUGAGAAGAUUAUAUCAAGCAGUUGAUGCUUGCGAACAGUUAGAAAAAGGAUUCUUGUUUCCAUUCGAGGCCAAUGAAAGGAGGCAGAUUAUAAUGAAGCCACUGGUACCUAUAUCUUGUGCUCUUAACGAGGAGCAGACACAUUCAAUUCAAAUGAUCCUUGGCUGCAAAGGGAUGCCACCUUAUGUGAUUCAUGGUCCUCCAGGUACAGGCAAGACUAUGACACUAGUGGAAGCAAUCCUCCAGCUCUACACAAGCAGGAAACAUGCUCGGAUUCUCGUGUGCGCUCCUUCUAAUAGCGCGGCAGACCACAUCCUGGAGAAACUCCUCAAUGAGGAAGCUAUAAAUUUUCAACAGAAUGAAAUAUUCAGGCUUAAUGCAUCUUCACGUUCUUGUGAAGAUAUGAACCCUGAAUUUGUUCCCUUCUGCUUCUUUGAAGAUGAUAUCUUCAAGUAUCCUCCACUUGAGGCCCUCUUGGAAUUUAAAAUUAUCGUUUCAACUUACAUGAGUGCCUCUCAACUUUAUUCGGAAGGUAUUAAGCGAGGCCACUUUACUCACAUAUUCUUGGACGAGGCUGGCCAAGCUUCGGAACCGGAAACAAUGAUCUCCGUGGCCAACCUCUGCAAAAGGAAUACUGUUGUAGUGCUUGCUGGAGAUCCUCUGCAGUUGGGUCCAGUUAUAUACUCUAAAGAAGCAGAAACUUAUGGAUUGGGGAAAUCAUAUUUGGAGAGGGUUUUUGAAUUUGAGUUCUACAGCGACAUGGAUGAGAACUAUAUAACAAAAUUGGUUAGAAAUUAUAGGUGUCAUCCCCAAAUUUUGCAUCUCCCCUCAUUACUGUUCUAUGAAGGAGAAUUGAUUGCAUGUAAAGAUGGCACAAGCUCCUUCAUGGAAAAUGUGGAUUUCCUUCCAGACAGAGAAUUCCCGGUACUUUUCUAUGGCAUCCAAGGCUGUGACGAGAGGGAAGGAAAUAAUCCCUCAUGGUUUAACCGGUUUGAGGCGAGCAGAGUAGUGGAUACAAUAAGGAGACUGAUGAAAAAUGGGGAUUUGCAUGACAAAGACAUCGGAGUGAUAACACCUUACAGGCAACAAGUUCUCAAAAUAAAGACAGCUCUUGAAAAUUUGGGCAUGCCUGAUAUAAAAGUUGGAAGCGUGGAGCAAUUUCAAGGACAAGAGAAACAAGUUAUUAUAAUAUCUACUGUCCGAUCAACAAUAAAGCACAAUGAAUUUGACAAAAAUCAUUGUUUGGGAUUUUUGACAAAUCCGAGAAGGUUUAAUGUGGCUAUUACGCGUGCGAUAUCUUUGCUAGUCAUAAUUGGAAAUCCGUUUAUUAUCUGUAAGGAUAAACACUGGAACAUGCUUUUAUGGCUCUGUAUAGACAGCAACUCAUACCAAGGUUGUGCCCCUCCUGAAAGGCAAGAAGUUGUUGAUGAGGAGCCCUCACAGGAAUACGGGUAUGGACCCCUUGAAGGUGCUGAUUGGGGUGAAGGGUCCUCAAGCACCGAAUUUCCUAAACAUACUGACUGGGGUGAAGAGUCAUCGCACGCCGAAAUUCCUGAACCUACUGACUGGGGUGAUGAAAAGUCCUUCCAAGUAGAAAUUCCCAAACCUGUUACAGAAGAAGCUGAAUGGUCCGAUGGAUGGAAGUAGUUUGCUUAGUAUCUCUCUUUUGUUGGGGUGGAAUGGAAAACAGUUUGAUGUUUGCUUCUUACAUAUAGGCACACGUA